CGUAACGUACCGUAGCAUUUUCGUUUGUGUCGAAGUCAUUAUAGUUCCACACUACCACUCAGGAAACAAAGAUAUACGCUACGUUUCGGUACGAUACAAUUGAAGACUGAAAUGGAAAAAUUACUUAAAGCGUUUUUUAUACAUACGUACAAGCACGGAAAAGUUUAAAUCUAUCUAAUUUUUUGCACCAAUGGUUUGCAACCCUUGCACUAUUGUGUUUCGUUGUGGCGUCGGAAGCCUUGAAUCCCCUACAAAACUGUAUUAAUAUGGACUUAAAAUUUUUUAACGUUUAAAUGCAAAUCUCUUGACUGCGAAUCUCCCAAAUAUACAAAUUACUUGAGAGAAGGUUUUGUAUUUCUAAUUUUCCAUGUUUUCGUAUGCAGCAACAUGUGAAGCAAGACGAUGGAGACAAGAAUGAGCAAGAUGCAGUGAAGAGAGUGAGAGAAGAUAAAUGGCAUUACCAAUUGAGAGAAGAAUUUAUUAAUUACUACACACAGUUCUUACAAUCUCAGCAAUUUGCUCUUGUUCAGUUGACUACUCAGUCAGCGAAAGUGUAAGUCGAGAUUCUCUUUGAUUAUCGGUUUUUCAAGUGUUGUACCCUGCUUUGUAAGAUCUGCAUGCCAUAAAACGUCCCUGGCAGCCAAGUUAUAAAUCGCGUCCCUUUCCCUAGACCAUCGCACUUCUCGUAUUCACAACAGUUAUGUCUUAUUACUCAAACUAUUUAUUCUCGACCAGAAGCUAAAUUAAAUUGUUUUAAUCUGCAGACAAAAAAAGCCAACGAAGCCAAGUCGCAAGAAGGCAGUAUCAGAACGACCGAAGGUAAUGCUGUGAUACUAGCCUGCAUUUAUUUGCGAGUGGCGGCGAGCAGCGACUGUGAUACUCGUACUCGGUUGACCGCCAAUCAAUCCUUAUGAAAUGAUCUUUUUCAAUAAACUAGUGUGUUUAAGAAGUCCGUGGGCGUGUGCUAAUCAUUCUCACUUUCAGCGGAGAGUUGAGCUGGGUUACAAAGGGGGUAGCUCAACCUGUUCGAGUCGAAGACUCACUUAUAGGACACCUCUGACUGCUACCGCGAUGGAUGGCUUAGUUGCGUUAGGCUUUGGAAUUUAUCCCAACGCAACCUGUCAACAUUGCCUGUUGGAGGAAACUGAACUACACGGAGAAAGCCCACGACUUUCGAUAGAGUGUUGACUGAUUCUUCACAUAAGUGUCGCAGUGAAAAUGAAACCCACGAUCUCAUAAACGGAAGGCACUUACUCUGACGACUGUGUGCACGCCCUCCAUCCCAGUAACAUCGGCAUGCAUGGACUAGUCUAAUUAAUUGAUAAUUUAGAUAAUUAAAUAAAAUUAAUAUUAACUACCUGCAUGAUAUAAGUAUUGACGCUUAAUAUAUAAUUUACACAACCAUAACAUGUGUUUAAAUUCAGCAAGCAAGUGAGAUUGGAGAUGAUACAAAAGAGAAACAACUCCAUUAUUACUUACAAAAAACAGUUGAUGGAAGUAAUGAUGAUGAAAAGUACGCUUAUGAUGGCGGAAUUAUGUUGGUCGAGCUGGGAUACGAGGUACAAUUCAGAAUAUAUUCUCCUUUGUCUGUUUGUACUUGUUAAUCUUUAUUGCGUAAAUAUGUAUUGUAUGUGGGUGUUUAAUGCCUUGUGAGGGACUCCAAUGUCCUAUUGCAUUUCACACCUGUCUUUUGACAAAUCUUUAAAUAAUAAAAAAAAAAAAAUAAAAGUACCAAAUAUUAAUCCAUGAUAUACAAGGAUAAUAGGGUUUUUUUUGGGAGCUAUAAAGGAUAAUAGUUAUAGGUUUUUAUUUGGGAGCUAUUGCACAAGGAUGUACAAGGAUAAGAGGUUUUUAUUUGAAAGCUAUAAAGAGAUAAGAGGUUUUUAUUUGGUAGCUAUAAAGAGAUAAGAGGUUUUUAUUUGGGAGCUAUAAAGAGAUAAGAGGUUUUUAUUUGAAAGCUAUAAAGAGAUAAGAGGUUUUUAUUUGAAAGCUAUAAAGGGAUAAGAGGUUUUUAUUUGGGAGCUAUAAAGAGAUAAGAGGUUUUUAUUUGAAAGCUAUAAAGAGAUAAGAGGUUUUUAUUUGAAAGCUAUAAAGGGAUAAGAGGUUUUUAUUUGGGAGCUAUAAAGAGAUAAGAGGUUUUUAUUUGGGAGCUAUAAAGAGAUAAGAGGUUUUUAUUUGAAAGCUAUAAAGGAAUAAGAGGUUUUUAUUUGGGAGCUAUAAAGAGAUAAGAGGUUUUUAUUUGGGAGCUAUAAAGAGAUAAGAGGUUUUUAUUUGGGAGCUAUAAAGGGAUAAGAGGUUUUUAUUUGGGAGCUAUAAAGAGAUAAGAGGUUUUUAUUUGAAAGCUAUAAAGAGAUAAGAGGUUUUUAUUUGAAAGCUAUAAAGAGAUAAGAGGUUUUUAUUUGGUAGCUAUAAAGGGAUAAGAGGUAUUUAUUAGGGAGCUAUAAAAGGGAUAAGAGGUUUUUAUUUGGGAGCUAUAAAGAGAUAAGAAGUUUUUAUUUGGGAGCUAUAAAGAGAUAAGAGGUUUUUAUUUGAAAGCUAUAAAGAGAUAAGAGGUUUUUAUUUGGUAGCUAUAAAGAGAUAAGAGGUUUUUAUUUGGGAGCUAUAAAGAGGGAUAAGAGGUUUUUAUUUGGGAGCUAUAAAGGGAUAAGAGUUUUUUUUUGAAAGCUAUAAAGGGAUAAUAGUUUUUUAUUAGCCAGUUAUUUUAAAACACUUCCGUACUGUGGAAAUUUUAUUUCUCUCAUUCCAUAUCUCAGAUGGUGACAACACUGCGAGUAACAUAUCAUUGACAUGAUUGUUUCUACAUUAUAUAGGGUUGCCAUUUCUGCGUUAAGUUAUAUGCAUUUGAAUCAAGUCGACUGCUCAGCUGUGAGAACUUAAACCAACAGGUAACGUGCUAUUAGUUAAUAUGUAUAUAAUGCAUGAGCACAGAAGGACUUUUUUAUUAAUUUUUGCUAUUGCUGAAAGUGGAUUGGAUUUCGUAUUCUUUUUAAAUAUGUAUUUGCGAAACCUAGGCUAUCUUCAGUCGGCUCAAAUGCUAGAACACUUGUAAGUGUUUCCACCUAGAGGAAAACGUUUGUGGAAAAUGAAAAUUUGAGGCAAUAUUAGAGAAAUUUAUGUUUGGACAUGGAAGCACUGACUAAACAAAAUGGCGUCCGGUUGUUAGGAAAACUUAAAAAAAAAAUUUAAAAAAGUUAAAACCAACCUACCCUACCUAAGUUUUUACAAAAGGAAACCGGAAACCCACAUAUUUUUUUUGGCCUAGUUUAAUAAAUCAGUCUUGAGUCACAAUGUACAGUACAUACACUGUUGUUUGUGCAUUGAAUAACAUUUCUUAACGUUUUUCAAGGCCAAAGCAAAUUUUCUUGCUGAAUGUUCCAAAGUACGAGAUUUGACUCACCUCAAUUCCUUCAGUUAUGACUUUCAUCUCCGUCACGUGCAGUACUUUCUGUUUCGUCAACGCUUGGUAUUUCCCAAGGGAUUCAGGUUGACAUCCAUGUUGAGCAAACUCAUGAAUGUGUAUAUUUAUCCUCCUAAAUUCUCCUGGAAUCAUGUUUGCAAAGGUAAGGAUUAGGAUAGGAAAAGGCCGAUUUAUGCGCUACACAACUUUCGCCUAAAACUGUCGCAUGCAACAACUUGAGUUGCAAUGUGUAAAUCAAGCAUACAACUCGCCUAAGACAACGUAGGUGAGUGGUGUGCUUGAUUUACACAGAACAACUGAAAUUGUCAGCAGGUUGUUUCAAAAAACGUGUUGAAGCAAAACAACCCAACAUGCCAGGCUAUUUACGAAAAGUGCCUGGCUUAUAAGGUUGAACAAAAACGGAAAAUUUCGAUUUUGAAGAAAGUGAAAUCACUUUUACAUGAUUACAAGCCUGUAGUCAUUUCAAAAAAUGACUAAAAAAUGACUUUGCCAGGCAAAGACAAUGCUCGCAAUGUGUUUCAAAAAACAUGUUGAAGCAAACCAAAGACCAACCUCGCAAGCCAGGCUUUUUACGAAAAGUACCUGGCUUGCGAGGUUGAACAUAAACGGGAAAAAAAUUCGAUUUUGAAGAAAGUAAAGCUACUGGGCAGCCAGUGGCUGUCACUUUUUGGACGCUCAAUUUCGACCAAUCAGAUUGUGGCAAAAGUAGAACCCAUGCACCUCUACUAAUUGGCGAUGUCAUAGGACUACCUGCAGACUAAUCCCCUUGCAAAUAAUUACGCAUUUGUCGGCACCAAGAAAUCUUUUCACUGUGGUGAGUAAAAAUGUGUCCCAAUGUUUACUCACGUAACACAAUCAGCCUUUCUCGCGCGGGUCAAUACACUGGACUGGAAAAAAUAGUGAAAUUCAUGCUAUGGAAUUUGCGAUUGCAUCACUAUAAUCCAUAGUAUAUCCAUACUACAGUAUUUCCAUACUGUAUCCAUAGUAUGGAAAUUGCUAUUACUAUGAAAAUUGGAUUUCCAUACUAUUUUCAACAACGAUCCACACCAUUUUUGAAACAAAUUUCCAGUGCCAUUUUGGGGGUACUGCCUUCGCUCUUCAAAGAAUGUUAAAAGUGACUUUUGAAAGACCUAGCUGUAAAUUUCCCAUUAUACACACAACUAGAGUGAUAAACGUAGCGUAUACACUCUCUGACUUGAGAGAGGCAGUGGGAGACAGAGGCAAUAACCCAAAAACGGCGGAUAAGCCGAGCGUGGGAAAGGCUAAUUACGCAUGAACUGUCUGUGCCAGUGUAGGUAGUGCCAAUCAAAUAAACAAGCUUUCGUUGGUAGGGAUGCAACUACCUGAAAAAUAUAAUUUCGACAUUUCGAGCGAAGGCCCUUCGUCUGGAGUUACUAAUGACUCUGGAGUGACUAGUAACUCCAGACAAAGGGCCUUCGCUCGAAACGUCGAAAUUCUCCUUAUAUUUUUCCGAUAGUUGCUAAUUACGCAUGCAUGCCUGUUUGCUUAAUUUCAAUUAACUAUUUCAUUAAUCAGGUAUUUGGGGGCAAUCUCCCCCUCCUCGUACUCUGUCCACAACAGUUUACUGCUUCUCACAUAAUUGUGUUUUUCAGGUCAACUUUCACUGCCAUUAUUUCGCCUCUCCCGCGAAACUGUCUACAACUAUAUUGUUGAACAUUGUACACGGUAUAAGCUAGCUACAGUUGAAAUGAACUCGAAAGACGAGCGACAAGAACAUGUUUUAGUCUCCACUUUAGCUCAAGAGAAAUGCGAUGUUUCGUUAGUGGCGAAGCUCGAUCUGGACGCCGAGGACGAACAGUUGGGACUGAAAUUUUACGUCGUGAAGACACAUCGUCGAGAACUAUUUCCGAAAAUGAAAGCUGAGCUUCCACGUAGGAAACAGUCAUCUGGUUUCACAGGCGACACAGGUACUUUACGUUGUAAAUUAAACCCCCUUGUUUUUGGAUACCUAACACUCUCUGCGUAGUUAUGAAUCUUCUUGAGUGGGAUUCGAACUCGCUUCUACCACUCUAUCCAUUGGCAUUGAGCUAUUGAGUCAACGUUGAUUGGUAGCGAGUCGUAUCCAAUUUAAACUUUUAAUUUCACGACGACUUAACGCUUGUCUUGGAUGACGCGCAGUGUUUCAAUUUAGAACCAUCCUAAAAUAUAAAUUUAUCCGUAUUUUAGAUGUAGUAAUGAUAAUUUGUCUUGUUAUUUCGUUUGUUGAUUUGGAAAAAAAAAAUAGUUGUGGCAUCAAACUAUUCACUAUAUAAUGGUUUCGCGACUUGUACAAACAAUUACUAUUUAUCAUUUAUUCCAGCUAUCCGGUUACGUCAGACAUUAGUCUCUAGCUCUCAAGUAUCGAAUAGUCCAGAACGUGAGCCUGUAUCUUAUAACCAUGGACCAGCGGCGACGUACAACGAGAACAUCAAGCGAUCUACAUCUAGCCCACAAUUCAUCACGACCUUGCCACUUUCUCAAAGUCCUUCGGAGGAACUUCUUAAACAUUUACCUUCAUCUCACGCACGCGAUUCUUUGUAUUCGUUAAAUUCUCAGAAUCCCUCAAGUUCCCAGAUAAACCCUUCAAGUGAUAGACCUUACAUCAUCACAGGAUUGGAAGCGGAUCCCUCGGAUUCUCUCAUGGCGUGGGAUCUGAGAAAUCUUGGUCACGAUGCUGAUAAAUGUUAUCAUAAGCUACACGCAACUGUAAGUUCUGCGCAGAAAGAUUGCAUAAGAGAUCAUUUGUGGCAUUUACUUCUGAAAGGCGCGAGCAGUGAAGACAGUGGGAACGAAGGUCAAGUGUGGAAACCGAAAGGUCGAAGGAAAACUGAAUAUCGUAGAAAUGUGAACGAUUUUACUGAUACCUGGACUGUACCUUCAUCAUUACGAGAUGUUGCGGAUAGCAUAAAUAUGGUACGUUUAUUUACUUCCUAGAACUCCAGACUACGAUUUGUUCUUAGCUUCAUAUGCAAAUUGUCAAUUUCACACCAUGUGUUUACAUCGUCUGUUCAGUUGGCGUCUUUGUAUGAUAAAUGGUUUGAAGUUUGUUCUAUUUUUCAGUAGCUGCAUCAUACACAGUUGCAGAUUGUACUGUCCGUUACUUGUGCAGGCAACCAACAUUCAAGACUACAUCGUCUGUUGUCUUUAUUCAUUUAUAAAUGAACGAAUGAAUGAACGAAUGAAUGAAUGAAAAAAAUACACACAAAAAUUGUAAACAUCACUGCCAUUACUUGAAAUGGGCGAUUUACAUUUUAAUGACUAUUUGACUCUUGCAGAUGUCGUUUGAAGAUUUUGAACGUUUACUGGAGUUAGUUAAACCAACGUCACUUCCAGUUGUGGACGAAAUGUUAAAGCCAUUUCUUUCCAUGAAUACGACUUGGUACUUCAAUCUGUGGCCGUAAGUACCCAUAAUUUCAUUUCCUCUAAUUCAACUUGUUACCCACAUCACCCUGGGUCUUUCAAGCCCUCUUCAGUUCUCGAUAGUUUUUAGUGAUAUACAUGCAUCUCUCUCAAUAUGCCAAACUAUAAACCUCCCAAUGUCCGCAGCUACGCAAAUGUGGCAAGUCUAGCAAACCAUUUUAACUCUGAUCAUUUUAUUUUCAUUGUUGAACAAAACGUAUGGUUUCUGCGGUGUCCAAGUGGAUUCGAAAACUUGUGGGAUAUCCAAUCUGCAUUAACGAUGAUACAAUAUAUUCAUGAGAAAAACCCGACACUGCUGCGUUUGUCAACAUAAAUUAGAAGUUGACUCACGCGGGACUCAGUAAACUCGCAUAUUCAGCGAACCGGGCUGAUGCUCUCUACCAAUUAGCCUUUCUCAUGAUGACGAAUAUCCGCCACUUUUGGGUGGCAUCUAAUUCUCAUUAACCAAUGCAGACAAUUAAAACAAUGUGAAAAGCAAUUUUUCAGAAUAAACUAACCAUUUACAAAGCAAAUUUACCAUAAUUCGUCCAAAAAAUUAUAAAAAGUCGCUGUUAUGUGGACUUAUUUCGCAGACUUCUCCUGAAAAGCCACCCAAACAUGGCGGCGUGAGAAAAGCUAAUUGAGCAGCCUAGUCAACUGGGGAGAGCGCAAGUUCAUGUUCAAGUUUAAGUUCAUGUUUCCCUGAUGAUGGCUCUGAAAUGGAGUGGUUGCCAUUUCCGUUGUUGUCAUUUAGGUUGAGCUUUCUGCGAAUUAGCGUUUCUACUCUAUUUGGACAGCACAAGAAUCAAGAUACUGCCUUACUCUUUUACCUCCAUAAUAUCAAACUCAGAAAAAACAAUGUGCAUUUUUCCUUCUUUGUGUAAAAUCAUAUUUGUUCUCUCAGGAAAAUCUGUUUCAAAUUUAGCUUUGUCCAUUUUAGCACCUUACUAUCGAAAUUUGGAGAGAGUUCACGGGAAUUUUCAAAGAGCGACAGCAAAGUGCAUUAUUUUGUUCUCCUUAAUCCAAACUAUCUUGAUAUGUUCAUAUUUAUUAGCAUACAUGAAGACAAACGUCACUCGG